GCUGUUUCAAUACGUAGUACCCAGGUACAUAACAUGCAGCAUCACCCAAUUGUAACCAACUGUAGUAAGCGACGUACUAGGACAGAUUUGCUCUAGUUUGGGUAGAUUUGGAUCCAUUAAACAAGCUAUAGGCCUGUGCUCAAGCUUCUGCGCGUCAAGACUAAUUUAGCGACGUCAUCUACCAUCAUCAAAAAUUCGAGACCCUGAAUCUAUAAGCGUUACAUUCCAGCCUCAUAACUUAUUUUAUUUUCCAACAGUCGAUCAAUUCGGUGUUCUUCAACUAGUAAUAAUUCUAUGUUAUACAUCAUAUAGACCUUAACUCCAGGUCCACUAUCCUCACCGACCCUCCAAAAUACUACUUACAGCAAUCAGGCAAUCAGGAUUGUCCUCGAGCGUCAUCACUGCAGAAUAUUAGCGGCCUAAGGCUUGGUGGCGUUCUAAAAAAGGGAAUAAAGUGCUCUUGUCUCGGAAAGCCAUAGAAACCCGAAUACGAUUGACGGAGACGGGGAAUUGUUAGUGGCCGUCCCACGCUAUGGCUGAGAAAUACAUCAUUCGAGUUACCGCCGGGUCAAACUACGACCUCGAUCAACAUGUCGUAGUGCCGGUUAACUCACACGAGCCAGUCAAGAUCAGCAGUGAUUUGAUUGACGCUGAGCUGAAUGUCCGUGUGCAAAAUUACCAUGGCUUGCCAAGGAACUCGCCUAAUACAUCUCCGUACUUCUCCUUGGAACCCCAUGCCACCAAUAAAGAUCAAUACAGCCUAGCAAUCCGUUUCACACCCAAGAAGCCCAGUUCAGGUUCCAGGGCAGCUUCUAUCGAUCCAUCAAGACCAUCCUCAACGUCCAGCCCGUCACAAGGUCCCUCGUCUUCCCAAACAUCAUCUCUCGAGGAUAGCGAUGAAGAUUCCGACGAAGAGGCAGGGAAUGGUAUCUCGGGUGAGGAUCUCCAAUUCGGUAAUGACUUUGAUCACCCCAUUCGCGAUCGUCUUCCACCCGGGUUUAGUUAUGCCAUGAACAUCGUCAAAUGGUGGAUUGAUCCCGGUCUCGAAGGCGACGCAUACGCCGAUAAGCCAUAUCUCUAUGGUCCAGCUCUAUCGUCUUUUAAUGCCGUUCAUGCGGGGCCUGGAGAAUUCGAUCCGGAAAAAGGCGGGUUAUUUUUUGAAGAAGGUGGCGAUGAGGAAGGGUUACGAGAACGGGAUGAUAUCGGCGCUCCAGAAACAGCAAAAGACCGCAUGAAAUGGGCACUCAAACCAGCCAACAAGAGCCGAUGGGUCUUCCGAUACGACAAACCAUAUUGUCUCGACUUUUUCAAUCCAUAUCUAGACUUCAAUGAGUUCAGCCUUCGUCUCCCGGGCUUCACUUUGCCUAUUAUGAAGUAUUGGGAUGGUCAAAGUCUGAGGUCCAAACCGAAGCGCUCACACACCCUUAGAUACGUCCUGCGAAACCGAUCAAGCGGCGACACAUACUUAGUCAUCGUAUUCACGCUCUACCUCAAAGAGGAUGUUAACGGGGAUGGGUCACUCAAGCCAGCUGCCCUAGAAGCGACGAAUCAGGACAAGGAGAUGGCUAAGGAAUCAGGAAGAAUUGAAGCAGGUACCGAGGAAGUGAGCAAGGAUGAGGAUUAUCAAGAAGCUCGGAAGCGAUUCGAGAAAUUAGAUGUCAAAUCUGAUGAAGAUGAGGGCGUGGAUUAAAUGAUGUUGGAUACCCCGAUUACGCAGAGAAUGAACUCAAUUAUAAUCAAUCUCAAGGCUUAUGCACCUGUUAGGUCCCCGCUCGGAUUCUUCAUCGAAAUACACGCCCUAUUCUUUUCAACGCGGUAUCGAUAUUCGACCAGUGUACGAUAUGGAUGAGUGAUAUAAUGUUAGAAAGAAGUACGGCUAUAAUCGAUGGUUCAGUGCCGAUUCUCUCGAUAAUUCAUCUCAACAUAUGGGGGAUCAUGGCGGGGUACACGCUGAACGCCGCCACAAACUACAGUGGAUUACAGCGCGCACACCCUAUAAUGCAGUGGCCCAACUGACUGCCAAAUGUCCCAUAAAAUUCACUAACUCAUAGCGCCUUUUGCACUUAAUACCCCUUACAAUUACAGCACUUUGCGACAGUUCGCCCCUUAUUCAGUAGCUGUACGCAAUUGAGCAGAAGUUGUCAACAAAAUAUCAAGCCAUGCAGACAUACGCCCCCAAUCGAUCCUACACGGCUCGUAGUUACUUCCGUCUACUUCUUCGACGUAUUUCGAUUAUGCUCACAUACGGAACAGCUGGUCGUUGUCAACCAAAUUGCUACUUCCAGGUCAGUUCGCAAUCAUACAGCUAGAACGAAAUCACAAUGCCAAUCAUAAAAGUUAGGAUUGAUUAUAUUAUUUUUGGGUAGAUGCU